CUUGGUCGUUGCUUACAACCAUGGCAGAACUCACUUAUGACACGCUUAUGGACGACCCGAACUACAUGGGCUCCGAGAGGGCCCGGAUGGAGAACAAGGUCAUCCUCGAUGAACUCGAACGAAAGAAAAAGGCGAGGGCUAUGGCAGUCCCCACAGACGAUAAUCGUGUCAAGGCUCGUCUUCGUGAAAUCGGAGAACCUAUCACUCUAUUUGGAGAGCGAGCUGCAGACAGACGCGACCGUCUCAUCUACGUUCUUUCCCAAAUCAAUGCUGCUCGAGGCGACGAUGCCAUGCAGGUGGAUGAGGAAUCGUCUGACUCGAGCGAGGAAGAGGAAGAAGAAUUCUACUCCCCCGGAUCGCUGGAGUUGCUUGAAGCUCGACGAAGACUCGCGGAGUUCUCUCUCCCUAGAGCUCAAAAGCGCGUCGCCCAGCAGCGGAUAGACAGCAAAUUACCCCUAGGGCGCCUCAUCGACAUCCGAAAACGCGUCUUCGCGGACGUGAAAAAUUUCACCAAUCUUGGGUCUCAAAUAGGGGAUGAACGGCCACUGUCGAUCGUUCGCUUUUCCCCAAACAACGAGAUGUUGGCGACCGGUAGUUGGUCCGGGUCCGUCAAGCUUUGGAAUAUGCCUUCGUGCACACCAAUAAAAACCCUACGAGGUCACGGUGAUCGCGUCGGUGGUCUUGCGUGGCAUCCACAAGCCACACUAUCCCAAAGCCCGGACGCAGUAAACCUUGUGAGUGGCGCAGGAGACGCUUGCGUUUGUCUUUGGUCACUUAACAGCGAGACCCCCAUUUCAGUGAUGAAAGGUCACCAAGAUCGGAUAUGUCGAGUUGCGUUCCAUCCGUCGGGUGACUACGUCGCCAGUGCUAGCUUUGACACGACUUGGCGGUUAUGGGAUGUUGCGACGUCAAAAGAACUCUUGUUGCAGGAGGGACACUCAAAGGAAGUAUAUACUGUGGAAUUCCAAGAUGACGGUGCCUUGGUUGCUUCUGCAGGUCUUGACGCUAUCGGGCGAGUAUGGGAUCUUCGAACAGGACGCACAGCUAUGGUCCUCGACGGACACGUUCAAGGCAUCCUCUCAAUGUCUUUCUCACCAAACGGAUACCAAAUCGCCACCGGUGCUUCCGAUGAUACCAUCCGAAUAUGGGACAUGCGAUCACUGAAAGCCCUUUACACCAUCCCAGCUCAUCUCAACAACGUGUCCGACGUCCGAUUUUUCCGCUCAGACGGUGCGAUUCCCUCCUGGCUCUCCUCCGCACAACCCAAGUCCGAACCCAUGAACGGCGUUGUUCCCACCACAACCACCUCCGCCACCACCACAUCGACUCCCGAACCCACAAAGGAAGGCUCAGCCACCCCAGCUCCCACCCCUUCUGGCACCACCACCUCAUCGUCUGCUGAUACUCUCGCACAAGAAUGGCGGUACAGACCAGGGCUGUAUAUGGCUAGUGCGGGGUACGAUGGUGUGGUGAAGCUGUGGAGUGCGGACGAUUGGCAGUUGUUAGCUACGUUGCAGACGGAUGGGAGUAAGGUCAUGUCGGUGGAUCUUUCGAGCGAUGCGAAGUUGUUGGCGAGCGGGACGUAUAACCGGAAUUAUCAAUUGUUCACACCGGCGAGCGCGUUGUAG